AUGGCAGACCCGAGUCAGGCGAGUUCGUCGACGUCGGCGUUUGUUUCGACACUCAUUUUCUCUGGAAUUUUGGGACUCAUCUUUCUUUUAGUGUUUGUUUUGUUAAGGCCCAAAAAAAGAAGGGUGUACGAGCCAAGGACUUUGACGGAUCUACAGACGAUAAGUGAAGAGCAGCGGGUGGAGAGGGUGCCCGAUGGUUGGUUUUCGUGGGUGCCAUAUCUGCUGAACCAACCGCACUCUUAUCUGAUGCAGCACGCGGGUGUUGACGGGUACUUCUUUUUGCGGUUUGUAGGGAUGGUUGCGUCGUUGUCGAUAGUCACGUGCUUUAUUUUAUUUCCGAUCCUACUACCAGUGAAUGCUACCGAUGGGAGAGAUUACUCUGGAUUUGAGUUGUUGUCGUUUGCCAACGUUACGAAUAAGAACCGGUUCUAUGCGCAUGUGUUUUUGUCGUGGAUUUUCUUUGGAUUGGUGAUCUACGUGAUCUACAGGGAGCUGUAUUACUAUGUGGUGGUGAGACAUGCAGUGCAAACUAGUCCGUUGUACGACGGACUGCUGUCUUCGCGAACUGUGAUAAUGACAGAGCUGAGCGACACGUUUUCACACCCUGGGGAGUUGGAGAGGAGGUUUCCCGAGGCGACAAAGAUCUUCUUUGCAUUGGAUCACACGCAGUUGCAGAAGUAUUGCAAGGACCGAGCCGAGACUGUGGCCAGAUACGAGAAGACACUCAAUAAGAUCUUGAACAAAGCGGUCGGCAUGAAUUUGAAAGCUGCCAGGAAGGGCAAGCUGGAUGAGCUGUACCAUAAUGGGUCGGAGGCGCAGGAUAGCCUCGAGACGUAUGUGCCUACGAAUAAGAGACCAACGCAGAGGUUGGGCAAAGUGAAACUGCCUUAUUUGUCAAAGAAAGUGGAUGUGAUACAUUACUCGCAAGAUCAUAUUGCGGAGUUGAAUGAAAAGAUUCACGACGAGCAGAGGGAUUGGGACCAAAAAGCCACCAGACCCACGGUGUUUAUGGAGUUUGGAACGCAAUUGGAGGCGCAAAGGUGUUUCCAGUCAUUGGAGUCCGUAAUGGGGAAGUCUGCGUUCGGCAAACGGUUCAUCGGCGUCGCUCCAGAGGAUGUUAACUGGGACAAUGUGUCGUUUACAAAGAACAAGAGACGUUCAAAAAGAGCCGUGGCAAACACGCUUUUAACUUUGAUGAUCAUUUAUUGGGCGAUUCCUGUCGCUGUGGUUGGUUGUAUCUCCAACGUGAAUUUCCUCGCGAAUAAGGUGUUUUUCUUGCAUUGGAUAAAUAACAUCCCUUCAGUUAUCCUUGGUUUGGUGACUGGUGUUGUCCCCGCACUGGCUCUUUCGAUUUUGAUGUCAUUGGUACCGCCUUUCAUCAAGAAGUUGGGUAAGAUGAGUGGUUGUAUGUCAGUUCAGGAAGCCGACUUAUAUUGUCAAUCGUGGUACUACGCAUUCUUGGUGAUUCAAGUUUUCUUGGUUGUGACUGCGACUUCUUCUGCGUCUGCCACUGUUGAAGCCAUUAUUAAGAAUCCCAGCAGUGCUAUGACUUUACUUGCUAACAAUUUGCCCAAGGCUUCGAAUUUUUACAUCGCUUAUUUCCUGAUCCAGGGUUUAACUAUGCCUCCAUUUGCAUUGGCACAAAUAAUCAACUUGAUUCUCAGUCAACUCCUGGGUAAAAUAUUGGAUAAGACCCCAAGACAAAAAUGGAAUCGUUAUAAUACUUUGGCUAAACCCGACUGGGGUGUGGUUUACCCAACAGUGCAAAUCUUGGUUUGUAUCUGGAUUUGCUACGCUAUAAUUGCACCCUUGGUUCUGGUAUUCAGCUCGGUGACUUUGGGCGCUCUGUACUUGGCCGAUGUUUACAGCUACAAUUUUGUGCAAGGAUUCUCUGCUGAUAACAGGGGUAGAAACUAUCCCCGUGCCUUAUUCCAAAUCUUUGUGGCCUUAUACCUUGCAGAAAUCUGUCUGCUUGGUUUGUUUAUAAUGGCGAAAGCUUGGGGUCCCUUGGUGCUAGAGGUUGUGAUUAUGGUUGUCACUGUUUUGGCCCAUGUAUACUUCAAGAUGAAAUUCAUACCGCUGUUCGAUACCGUUCCACUGAGCGCUAUCAGGUUCGCGAGAGGUGAGGAAGGAUAUGGCUACCCCUCUGACCUAGGUCUCAAAGAGAUCAAGAUUGUUGCCGAAGACGCAAAAAGUAGCUUCGAGAGCGAUGAAACUUCUGGUGUCCUUCGUCCUGCUACCUCUGUGGAAUUGAAAAGAGCACAUCUACUGAAUACCGCGGAGGGCAACAGCAACGAAGGCAAUGAAAUCCCUGAAGAGUCAAUUUCUGAGAAACCUGCCAACGCCUUCGACGAACAUAGGCGAAACAGUAGUGAAAGUUCAAGUUCUGCCGGUAUAGGUAACUCUAGCACUGCUGCAGUCGCACCAGCAAAGAAUAAAUCCACUUUUGCUCCCGACGAAAAUUUCCACAAGCUUUCUUACAAGGAUUUAGAAAACAGACCAAGGGAACCAAGAGAGGAAUACAGGAAUGUGCAUGGUGCCUUGUUAGACAACACAGAUGUGGCAAAGGUUUACGCUGACCCUCAGGCAAUAGUCACAGAUGAAAGGAGUUUCCCGCCAAACAUCAACAAAACUAUGGCUCUGAAACAAAGGUUCAUCAACUUUUUCUCGCCUUCGAAAAAUUAUCCUUUCGAGACUGUUAGAAUGAGAUUACCGCACGUUUUCAACACAACGAUCGAGUAUGAUGAACAAUUCCUUGAGGCAGCAUACAGUGACCCAAGCGUAAAAGAGAAAGACCCAAUUGUCUGGAUCUGCCGAGACCAUAUGGGUCUAUCUAAGCAGCUCAUAGCCGAUGCAAGAUCGAAGGAUGUGGUAGUCAACGACGAAUUUACCAAGUACGACGAAAAAGGAAAGGCAAUGUAUCUGUUCAACCCUCCAGAUUUCGAAUACAAGGCUAAGAGGUGA